GUGAUGUGCAAAAUCUACCUUCUGACAAUUGUUUUCUUCUGGUGUUUUGCAGAAGAUACAGCAGCCGAAACAAAUAAAAACAACCUGAUCUUGAAGCAAGCUGGAGAUAACGUCACCCUGACUUGUAAAUACCAACCUAGAUCUAAUCCAAAUGACUACUUGGACAUCGAGUGGACGGUCAGAAGUAAAAUCUUUAAUGAAUCAGAUAAAAUGAUAAUAACACUUUCUGGAGGAAGAGUUUAUGUUUAUGGUCUGCAUGAGAAAAUGACUUUUGCCUCCGGAAAUGGGAGCCAUGGAGAUGCUUCUCUGUUUAUCAAGUCACUGGCUGCUGCUGACAGUGGAAUCUAUGACUGCAAAGUGAAGAUACAGGGCAUAAUUCAUCAAGAGGCUUGGAAUUUAACUGUCCAAGGUAAAGAACAAAGAAUGGAGGAUCAGGAUGUCACAACAGCUGCAAAGAACAAUACAAUGGCUCCGACAAACAGCACGAUGAGCCCAGAUGUUGCGGAGAUCACAAAGGAGCAUCCAGGGCUAGGGCUAGAGGAUGGGUGUGAGUGA